GUCCGUGCGCCAGCGGGCCCGUUUCGACCCACAGGACGUCAGCCCCAUCGGCAACUGCAGCAAGUGCUUUAUCCCGGCCCUUUUCGCGCAUGGCGAGAAGGAUGUCUUUAUCAAGCUCCACCAUUCCGAGGAGCUCCACGAGGCGUAUGCAGGGGACAAGAAUUUGAUCCUCUUCGAUGGGGACCACAACUCUGAGAGACCGAGCUUCUUUUUCAACUCGGCCAUCAUCUUCCUGCGCCAGACGCUGCAGGUGCAGGAACAGCACUGCCUGGAUCCGUCCAAGGCGCAGGUGCGGCGAAGGAUGUUCGACGGCGGGCUCACCAACAUGAGGAGGGCCGAGGAGGAGAUGAUGCGCCAGGCCAUGCUGCUCUCCAUCGGGGCGCACGGCGGCGCCGCGCUGGCCGACGGCGGUGGCGACAGAAGAUCUGGCGGCCGGCGCGGGGGUGGCGGCAGGUCCAGGCCCCGGCGCCCGUCCCAGCCGAAGCACUGCGGAAGGGCACCGCGGACUUCGAGGCGGUAA